AGCGAAUAGUCUGGAUCCAUUAGCGCUAUUUUGUUCUGCAGAACUAACGCAACGAGCUCGAUCGGACUUCUGUGCACUACGUAAAAAUGGCCCAUUUCUUCACACAGAAGCAAAUUGACGAAUACAAGGAAUGCUUCCUGCUGUAUGACCGCUCCAGGAAGGGGUACAUCAGGGGAGAUGACCUUGUUGUGGCCAUGAGGUCGCUUGACGCACAUCCUACUGUGGAUGAGAUCAAGCAGUACCGCAAGGAGUAUGAACAUGGUGGGAAGGUCAAGUUUGAUGACUUUCUACAAAUCAUGUACAAGCACCAGGAGGACCCGCUGAAGGAGAUCCUGGAGGCAUUUAGGGUGUCCGACCCCCAGGAUCGCGGCUUCAUCAUGGCCAACGAGUUCCGACACAUCAUGACGCGCUUCGGGGAGAGGCUAACGGACAAGGAAGUGGAUGCUGUGCUCAGAGAGUUUGGUGUACAGAAGACUGGCUUUGUAAAGUACAAGGAGAUCACCAAACAAGUCCUGAGACCGAUACCAGACACAUUAUCAUAAAAUGUUAUCUGCUGUAGAUUUCUGUUAAGAGUUCAGCAUUAGUAUACAUGCAUAGUUCAUAGAUUUUCGUUUAAGCCACAACUUUGGGAGCCCGUUAUAAAAUAUGGUGCCUCGGUUUAGCUGAACAAGCUAAAUUUUAAAGGAACUGUGCAGACAGAAGUAGUUUUUUAGGGGAAGGAUGGAAUGUAUGGUCUACCCCUGCGCCGUUAUGAUUAGUCAACCAUCAGAAGAAAUGAACUGAUCAUGUAUUUAGGUAAUUUAGACUUUGAGACCUUGUCUCCUGUUGUCUUUUUGCUUAUUUCUACAAAGCUCCUGCCUUUGCCAUUUUGUGCACUUUGCACAUUUGGCUGAGAUGCGUCAGCUGCCUGGCCUUGUGAUUAAAAAGGUUCUGUACAAAAGUUGGAAACUUACGUACACUUUUUUAAAAAAGGGAAAACCAGAACACUUGGUGACAUUUGUCUUACAUGUGACAAAAGGAAACCAUAGAAUCUUUCAACCCCAAGAAAGUGGCAAUUAUCCGCACACAAAACAACUUAGCAGAUUGAUUUAAAAGAAAAUCUCAUUGUAUGGUGGUACUUUCUCUGGUUUUACGUUCAGCAGGAUAUCUUGUUGGAAGCAUUUCAGGUUGUUUGAGUGAAACGUUGGUACUUAUAUUGUGGGCAGUGCUGUUUCAUAAUAAUGGUAUAAUUUCAGUUAUUUAACAUUUUCUAGGCUACAAUACUGAACUCCAUGUAAGUGAAACAGAAGCAAUGUCUUAGAUGGCAGGCCUCAUGUUGUACAAGAGAUAGGGUGUUUUUUUUUAAAUUGAACGUGGAAUAUGGGAUUUACAUGAAUAUGUGAUUUACAUGUACAUGUACAGGGCACCACCCAAGUG